AUGGAGUCCAUCCUUCAAAAAGUUGGACUUUCAACGCUUUCCGAGCGCUUUGCAGAUGAAAAAAUCGACCCACACGUUAUUCUGGCGAUGUCAGACAGCAGUCUGAUGCGUCUGGGUGUAGAGACUUUAGGGGACCGCGUCCGCCUCAAAGAAAAUUGCAAACAGUUCGCUGAUGGAGAAAGGCGAACAAAUGUGGCUUCCACGAGCUCUGUCGGCUCUUCUCAAGCUCAGCAGUUGAUCGAGGAAAGAAGGAGGCUUUUUCAGCCGUACAGCAGCCGCCGUGAAAAAGGUUCUGGAACCUCAAAGUCUGCUAAGAGGAAAAAUCCAUCCCGACGCACAUGGACAGGUCAAUUUGUGUGUUUAGCAGAUCGACAAGCCAGCAGAGUGCCGUCUUCCUCGGAAAAACAGAUCUUGCAGCAGGCAGGCCUUGGCCUAAAAAAGAUCAAAUUUUUUGUUGAUGAAAACGAGGAGGAAGUGGUGGAGAAGCUUACUAGUGAUAUGCCAGGCGACGAUGGCCAUCCAAUCGGCUUCCCUCAGCUAAAAGAAGGCAAGGGCUUUGAAAUUAUGAGUUGUGUAACAAAUUCUCGUGAUUUGGCAGUCAUAAAAUCGUCCUGGUCUGUAGAAGGGUUGAAGUCUCUUUUCACGCCUCAAACAAAGAUUUAUCUCCGGCCUAUUCAGAAGAGCCUGCGUGUGAAAGGAGGGCAAGAAAACAGGCUGACAUGCAAGUUGAAAGAGAAGUGUAUGUGGUGUUCUAAGGAGAUCCCUCUAAACGAGCUUCGAUCGCACUUAGUGACUUGUAACUGUAAUGUGUUUGAUGACAACAUUGAAGAUGAGGUCAUGGUGUUAUCUGACGAGUCAAGAAAUGAUUUGAAAGAUUAUAUGGCUAAUGCACUGUCAAGUGCCACAGUUUCAACAAAGGAGGUGGAGUCUAUUGGUCAAGGUGGCAGUGCCUAUCCAUCUCCCAGUGUGCCACUGGUGGCAUCAGACAGUGACAGUAGCCCCUUGCUGACCUUCCCUUCUUCAUCUGGCAAUGGCAACCAAGCUGAAGCUGGUCCCUCUUCCUCUCAAGGCAUUUCUACCAUAUCUGAGACCCACUUCAUUGGCAAUCAGACAGAGUCCAGUGACAGUAGCCCCAUGUUGACCUUCCCUUCUUCAUCUGGCAAUGGCAACCAAGCUGAAGCUGGUCCCUCUUCCUCUCAAGGCAUUUCUACCAUAUCUGAAACCCACUUCAUUGGCAGUCAGACAGAGUCCACAGCUCAUCCCUUGGAAGGUGUAACGAUAUUGUCACGCGUAUCAUUGUCACGCAUAUCACGUGUGACAAGUCAAGUUUGGACUUGCGCAGUAUGUUAAGUUAUACAUUUGAUCCCGGAUGUAUUCGCAUGUGCUCCCUGAUCUUGUAAUGGCUGACAUGUAUUAAACCGGCAGUUCGUCUCCAUAAUCUCGUCUGUAGUCGUCUUCACCUAACGGUACAUGGUGUCAGAAGUAAACUGGGCGUCAAUUACAGCUCGUAGCCUCCGUCGAAGACGAUUGUGAGUACUUUCUCCAAUAUAAUCGCUCCAAUAUGCCGACAACCCCGAGCGACAACACUGGCGAAAGCGGUGAUGGUUCGGUUCCGAAUUCAUCGACUACACAUCACACGGUGAUUACAGUUCCAGUGAAUAUCCCGCUACCAGAAAAGUUAGAUUUAAGCGGCGGAAAUCUUCCUGUUAAAUGGCAACGAUUCAGUCGAGCGUGGUCGAACUACGAAAUUGCUGCUCAACUCAAAGACCCGGAAAAUCCGGAUAGGAACAAGCAACGAAGGACGGCCACCCUGCUCACCUGCAUCGGGUCGGAUGCGCUAGAUGUUAUUGACUCAAUGGAGUUUGAGUCCGAAGACCAGCGGAAAGAGCCAGACGUGAUACUUGAGAAGAUGGAAAAAUACUGCAUUGGGGAAUGCAAUGAAACCUACGAAAGAUAUGUCUUCAACCGAAGGGAUCAGGAGUCUAAUGAGUCUGUGGAUGCCUAUGUUACUGCCCUACGUAAAUUAGCCAAGACCUGCAAUUAUGGGACACUAGCCGACUCUCUAAUCCGUGAUAGAAUAGUGGUUGGCAUUAAUGACAAUUCAGCUCGAAAGAAACUACUACAAGCAGGCAAACUCACCUUGAGUCAAUGUAUUGACAUUUGUAGAUCUUCAGAGACCUCCGCACGGCAACUGAAGACUAUGAAUCAGGAGGAUGUCCGUCUCGUAAAGGAGGAAAAAGUCAACCCGGCAGGCAAAAAGAAGGCUGGAGUAUCGGACAACAGGCCCCGCACUGAAUCACGAGAGUCCAGAAUGACAUGCAAAUUUUGCGCUAGGCAGCAUCCCUUCGCCAAGAAGAACUGUCCAGCUUGGGGAAACACUUGCAAGAAGUGCGGCCUCCCAAACCAUUUUGCAGUCUGUUGCAGAGAAUCGAAGAAAAAGGUGCUUUUUAUGGAUUUUGACUCCGAUGAUGACGAAUAUGUCGCAGAGAUUGAUGUGAAAGAGCAAGUCAAUGUACUAGCCCCCCGCAAUCACGCGAGCAAAAUUUUUGCCACCCUUCUUGUCAACGGUGGGGAGGAGAAGUUCCAGCUUGACAGCGGCUCAACUGUAAAUCUCAUGUCAGAUAAAACAGUGGAGAGACUCUGUGGUACGGGCUGUCUAAAAGACUUGGACAAAACAUCUGUGACUCUGGUAAUGUACAACCAGUCUGAGGUUAAACCGCUGGGCAAGAAACGCUUCCGGGUGACAAACCCAAAGAACAAUAAGAAGUACAGUAUUGAAUUUCACAUUGUUGGUGGAGUAAGUCCAUGCAAGUCUAUCCUGGGUCUAAGGGCCAGCAAACACCUUCAAUUGCUAACAAUCAAUGAACACAACAUCCUUGCUGUGGAUUCAAACGAUGAAGACCCUGUCAAUCUCAAGAAAGAAGACUACAUUUCGCUGUACAAAGAUGUGUUCUCUGGGGAAGGCAAACUUGCAGGCCAACUACACCUGGAAAUUGACAAGGAUGUCCAUCCAGUUCAGCUACCCACUCGGAGGGUGCCAAUUGCCCUUAAAGAGCCUUUAAAACAAGAGUUGGACAGACUGUCAAGCAUUGGAAUGAUCCUGAAGGUCGACACACCUACUGAGUGGAUCUCAGCCGUAGUGGUCACAACAAAGAAAAAUGGCAAAGUAAGACUGUGUAUUGAUCCCAAACCACUGAAUGAGGCCCUACACAGGAAUCACUACCCCUUGCCCACAAUAGAUGACGUACUCCCGCUGCUAUCCAAGGCCCGUGUGUUUACAGUGCUUGAUGCGAAAAACGGGUUUUGGCACAUACAACUAGAUGAGCCAAGCAGCUAUGCGACCACCUUUGGAACACCAUGGGGUAGAUACCGUUGGCUUCGAAUGCCAUUUGGGCUUUCUCCUGCUCCAGAGGAGUUCCAGCGGAGAAUUGAUAUCGCUCUCGAAGGUCUCCCCGGACAGAAGGCCAUUGCUGAUGACAUCCUGGUGUUUGGAUCGGGAGACACAGAUGAAGAAGCCUUCAGGGAUCAUGAUCGCCACCUGAAGGAGGUGUUCACCCGGUGCCAGCAGAAGGGCAUCAAGCUAAACGCUGAUAAGAUGCAGUUCAGACAAAAGCAAGUGACCUACAUGGGUCAUGUGAUAUCAUCAGAGGGUCUUGGAGUGGAUCCGGACAAACUGAAGUCCAUCAACGAAAUGCCACCCCCCACUGACAAGCAUGGUGUCCAGAGAAUCCUAGGAAUGGUGAACUAUGUACAGAAGUUUGCACCAAACCUGGCAGAUGUGGCUAAGCCCCUUCGAGAUCUUGUGAAGAAAGAUAAUGAGUUUCUUUGGGAGGAAGAUGUCCACGGAAAGUGCCUGGAGGAUGUAAAGCGGGUUCUAACGCAAGCGCCGGUACUCAAGUUCUUUGAUCCACAAAAGAAGACAGUACUGCAAUGUGAUGCCUCCAUGAGCGGUCUUGGAGCAUGCCUAUUACAGGAUGGACACCCCAUCGCGUACGCAUCCAGGGCCCUAACUCCAGCUGAGACUAACUAUGCUCAGAUAGAGAAAGAGUUGCUGUCUAUUGUCUUCGGUGUUGAACGGUUUGAGAGUUACGUUUAUGGUAGAAAGGUCUUCGUUGAUACUGACCACAAACCUCUGGAAUCUAUUAUGAAGAAGAGUUUGCUGAGUGCACCUAAGCGUCUGCAGAGAAUGUUGUUACGUCUUCAGAAAUUUGACCUCGAGGUCACCUACAGAAAGGGCAUCGAGAUGCACAUCGCAGAUCCCCUUAGUAGGGCGUAUCUCCCACUGCUCAAGCAAGAGGAAGACACCAAGGAAGAUGUGUGGAGUGUUGCUGAUGAAAGAUCACCAACAGAGAUCGCGACUGAGUAUGUGAACAUGGCUGAGUUUGUGCCCAUUCGACAAACGACCCUAUGUGACAUCAAAUCUGAAACUGAGCUGGACGCUGCUGAGUGCAUUAGCCACUAUGAUCAAACAAGGCUGGCCAGAUAACAAGACAAAUGUGCCCCCAAGUUGCAGAACUAUUUCCCUUUUAGAGAAGAGUUGUCUUUACAGAAUGGAGUUGUAUUCAAGGGUGAACGAAUUGUGGUUCCACUUACCUUGCGAGAUUGCAUUAUCGACAAAGUUCAUGCUAGUCACCUGGGCAUUCAGGGAUGUCUUAGAAGAGCUCGAGACGCUUUCUUCUGGCCUGACAUGAGCAAGCAAAUCACCGAGUUUAUCUCAAAGUGCAGUAUCUGUAAUAGUUACAAACCAGAUCAGCAGAAGGAGCCCUUAGUAUGCUAUGAAAUACCGUCAAGGCCUUGGCAAAGCAUCUCGGCUGACCUGUUUGAGCUCCACGGCUUUGACUACCUGGUUACCACUGACCGUUAUUCCAACUUCUUCGAAGUGGAUGUGCUGACGUCUAAGACUUCUAAAGAAGUUAUUGAUAAGCUUAAGCCCCAUCUGGCUAGAUACGGGCUUCCAGACCAAAUUACUACAGACAAUGGACCACAGUUUGACUGCAAAGAGUUCCAGCAGUUUGCAGAGCAGUACCAGUUUGAACACAUUAGGACCUCGCCGCGGUACCCCCAGUCCAACGGCAAGGCAGAGAAUAGUGUUAAAACAGCAAAGCAAAUCCUAAAGAAGGCUUUUGAUGCGGGACGUGACCCACAGUUGUCGCUACUGGACUUUAGGAACACACCAUCGGAGGGGAUGGACAGCUCCCCUGCACAACGUCUCUUCUCACGCAGAACCCGAACUUCCCUACCCAUAGCUAGUCAGUUGCUGCAGCCACAGUUGGUCCCUGAUGUGGGCGACAAGUUACAAGAGAGAAAAUUGAAACAAGCCAGGUAUUACAACAGAGGAGCCAAGGUACUACAGCCUCUACAAGAGGGAGAUGUGGUGCGAGUCCGACCCCUUAAUCGCCGGUCGAAAUGGUUCAAGGCCCAAGUUGAUCAGCACAUAGAUGUGCGCUCCUACAAUGUUCGCACUGAAGAUGGUCGACUUUAUCGCCGCAACCGUUCCCAUCUCUACAAGGUUCCUGAGAGGUACCAACCAAACCAUGAUGAAGAGCUGGUGUUAACUAAGUUGUCUACGCCGGAACAGCCUGAGGGUGCAUGUCAGUUGCCUUCAGCAUCCCCUGUAUUGCGGUUGCCUUCUGUAUCUCCCACACCACGGAUGCCUCAUGUUUCAGAUGUACAACCUCCUACCAAUGGUCUGCCAACGGAUGCCCAACCAAGGGAAGUUACUGAUCCUGCUCCGGUUACGACUAGAAGUGGCAGAAUUGUUAGGAAACCUGCUUAUCUGAAAGACUUCUGUGUCUAGUGUGAUAUUGAACAUUGAAUUGAAUUGAAUUCAAUAUUGAACGAUGAAGAAAGGGCAUUGGUUGGUUAUCGACCAGUUUUGAACAGUGAACAUUAUAGCUAGUUUCUGUGCCAUUCCCAAGUUUCCUUUGGGCUUGUUUGUUACACAACAGUGAGCGUUGAACUUCAUAGUUAGUUCCUGCACCAUUGCUAAAGCUUCCUUUGGCUAUUGGUGUUUUGUUUUGUUUUGUUUUGUUUGGUUUCUUUUGUUUCAUUUAAACGAAGGGAGAUGUAACGAUAUUGUCACGCGUAUCAUUGUCACGCAUAUCACGUGUGACAAGUCAAGUUUGGACUUGCGCAGUAUGUUAAGUUAUACAUUUGAUCCCGGAUGUAUUCGCAUGUGCUCCCUGAUCUUGUAAUGGCUGACAUGUAUUAAACCGGCAGUUCGUCUCCAUAAUCUCGUCUGUAGUCGUCUUCACCUAACGGUACAGAAGGCACUAGCUUGGGACCUCUAACCAAUAAUGACCACAUCACCAUGGAGAAGUUUGAUGUUGACAUUGCACUGAUAAUGCCAAAGAUAAAAGAGCACAUCUAUUCUACAGGUUGGAUUCAUUUAUAUUAUUUUGACCAUGUAGUAUCAAUUUACUGCAAAACUCAGAAAAUUUGAACACCAGAAAUAUUUCUGAAAUGCUCUUUUAAUUGCAAAAGAAAAAUAAUGCCAAUAAGGCAUUGAAAAAACAAAAUUAAACAGAAGCAGCAGAGGUGCAUAAGAUAGCUUUGUGGUGGUUUGCUUGGCCAAUACAUAACCAACAUGCAUAAAAUAUUUUCUAGGCUUUCCAUCAUUUUCUGAGUUUUACAGUUACUGGGGCCUUGUAUCAAUCCCACAUCAAAUUAAUAUUUUGUAGGAAAUUGUAUAAUACUUUAGAAUAGAGUUGUAACUGAGUACUGAAAUUAGCUUAUAUGAAUUAAUUUAAAGAAAAACCUUAUGGGUUUGACCUCCGGUUUUAUUGGCCUCUCUCAUUCAAACCUCCCCUCCCCCCCUCACCCUUCCUCGAUGAUCUAGCAGUAAAAUAAGACUGACAAUUGGAAUAAUGAUGUUGAUAAUAUAAUAAUAAUAAUAAUAAUAAGAUUAGUAUUUAGCUGAGAGGUUAUUCUCACCAUAAUAGCUUCCUGGAAGGUUGUUUACCUCCUUGUCACCAUCCCAUUCAUUACAAUAUUGUGAAAAAUAUGCCUUUCCAUAGGCGACUUUAUAUGUAGGAAAACUAUUUGUAUUAAAUUUGUAAAUAGGGGAUACAAAUAAUUUUUAAAUAAUUAUACUUUAUCCUUAAAUUGACAGACAUCUUAAACAAUCCUGUGGAGAUACUGAGGUAUGUCCAAAGCCAGCUUGUUCGAGGGAGGACUCUGGACGUGCUGGACGAAUCGAGAUGUGAGGUGGGCAUUACCAAUUACAUACUGGUGGACAGAUUGCAUUUGCUGGAAACAGCCUUUGAUGAAAUUUCCGAUCUGGAAAAUCUGUUCCUUACUCUGGAAGUACAGUUUUAUGGGGAGGUAUGUUCUCAGCUGGUGUAGAUCAUAUUAAAGAUUUUGUUGAUCUAUGUAGAUGUCAUAAGAAUGAUUUGCUACUAGUUAUAAUAAUAUUUUAGUAAAAGCUAUAUAAUUUUUCUGUUUAACGUUUUGAGAUACAUGUAUCCUUACUUCCCCAGGUUGCUGAAGAUUUUGGAGGGCCACGGAAAGAAUUCUUUUCCCUAUGCGUAAAAGCAAUAAAGGAAAAGUAUUUUGAUGAUGGCCUUCUGAACCACCAAGCAGAGGCAUAUUACUUAGUUGGAGUCAUAUUAGGUAUGUUGUUGUUUCAUUCAAGUCUGAAAAAUGAAUGACCUUUAUAGAAAUCUUAAUUUGAGAGACAGAACUUUCUUAUUUUGCUGUGACAUGCAUUAUGCUAGGCUCUUCUGUUUAAGCCUAAGAAGUGUUUCUAAAGCUGUGUAUGAGGUUUUUUUUCCCUCUGUUUCACAAUUCUGAGUUCAAAGUGGUUCCUUGCGCCACCCCCAUCUCCCAAACUUCUUAAAUGUAUAGUAAUAUUGGGUAUCAAAAGAGUGCUAUCAUGUGCACAGUGUAUCUAAGAAAAAAUAUAUUUGCUUGGAUGCUAGAAUUGAUCAUCAAUGAUUUUAUUGUAUUUCCUAUUAUGCACAGGACUCAGCAUUCUUCAAAAUGGAGUUUUGCCAAGAUUUAUUGGUGAAGAGAAUCUCCAAGAAAUAUUCUUCAGUCCUAAUCCCAACCAGUGUGCAGAGCAACUUAGGAAUGGAUUCUCCAAGCUAGGAAUUGUUCAGGUAUAUUUUAAUCAUAAUGUUAUUGCUCUUUGAAUGAAAGCAUUAUCAACAGAGGUACAACAGGACCAUUCAUGCGAUCUUUUUCUCUUACAGAUUGCGAAUGAGUUUCCCAUCUUUCUUCAUCUUUUACGCCCCAACCCCACUAGUGUCUUGACUUUGAAAAAGGUGACUCAUCUUCUUCAACCUGAGUUUAGUGUGGAGGGGUCUAACAGAAGGCAGUUUGAGGAUGCAGUGUACAGACAAUUUGUGAAGUAUUUGCGUAGGGCUGCAGGUAACUUGUAACUUCACAGACAAAAGUUAUAAGUACAUUUGGGAAUGGGUUGAAAUCAUUAAUCAGGAACAGAUUGCCUUGUUGGAAUUAACAUUCCACUCUGUUUAUUGAAUAUCAUGAUACAUGUAUUCCCAUAGUGGUCUCUGCAAAGAAAAUGAUGCUAAGCCAGAAAAAAUGGAAUGCAAAGUAGGCAAAUUAUGUUGCACAUGUGGCUUUACCCAUUCGAACUGUUGAACAAACUGUUCAAAACGGUUUUUUUUCUUAUUAUUAUUACUUUUACUAUUUAUGUUGUGGUUGUUUAGGAUUGCUAAAGUUUGACCCAUUUCUAUUCUCUUGACAGCUGGACAAAGAGGGAAUGUUACCCUUUCACACAUUCUCCAGUUCGCAACUGGUGCAGAAGAAGAACCGGUUCUUGGGUUUUCCAUUCACCCCUCCAUUGUUUUUGUUGAUGCAGAAAAUGGUUUUGUUCCUACAGCCAACACAUGCAUUAAUUCCCUUAAGCUUGUGAGGCCCACAAUAAGUAAACCCCUACCAUCUGAGUAUGCUCUUUUCAAAGUUUUUGAUUAUGCAUUUCUAAACUCAUAUUUUGGUAACAUGUAA